AUGCAUGCUGCUUCUUUUACUGUGCUGCACUGCAAAAGCGAUAUGGAGAAGCAUUUAUUUAUCCUGGUGAAAGCUGUCAUCUCAGCCCUUCAACUUGAGCAGAAUGUGCCCUACCAAGUUUGCCAGGAUCAUUUGGCCUUCAGGUUACCUUCCAUCUUCUAUCGAUUCCCUCAGCUGGGCAUGAGAGAACACCCCGUGGAAUGGCUCUCCCAUGAUCCCGCCGAAAGAUGUGACAGCAUCACCAGGCUGAGCAUAUACAGCGCCUUCGUCGGCACGGGGCUAAAAGUGAAACAGCUACUCUACACGAGGCAAAACCCAGACUGCGCGGAAAUGCUCGACUCCAAGGCUUCCCGCUAUCUGAACGUGACCCGGAGAACCACCUUCAUCAUCCACGGCUACAGACCCACGGGUUCCCCGCCGAUCUGGUUAGCGGAACUGGUGCGGCUGCUGCUGGCCGUGGAGGACAUGAACAUCGUCGUCGUCGACUGGAAUCGCGGGGCCACGACGUUUGUGUAUCACCACGCCUCCGGGAAGACCAAAAAGGUGGCGGAAAUCUUGAAGGAACGAAUUGACCAGAUGUUGAAAGACGGAGCAUCUCUUGAUUCCAUUUACAUGAUUGGAGUAAGUCUCGGUGCACACAUAUCUGGAUUUGUUGGACAGAUGUAUAACGGUACACUAGGGAGAAUUACAGGUCUUGAUCCUGCAGGCCCCUUGUUCAAUGGGAAACCUCCAGAGGACAGAUUAGAUCCCACAGAUGCGCAGUUUGUUGACGUCAUACAUUCCGAUACCGAUGCAUUAGGCUUCAGAGAAACACUGGGAAAUAUAGAUUUCUAUCCAAAUGGAGGAUUGGAUCAACCUGGAUGUCCAAAAACAAUAUUUUCUGGAUUACAGUAUUUUAAGUGUGACCAUCAGAGAUCCGUGUACCUGUACCUGUCUUCCUUGAAAAAGAACUGUAACAUCACCGCCUACCCCUGUAAUUCCUACAGAGAUUAUAGGAAUGGCAAGUGCGUUAGCUGUGGAGAGGGAGCGAAUCGGACACUGUCGUGUCCCUUGCUGGGUUAUUAUGCAGACAAAUGGAAAAACUACCUGACACAAAAGAAUCCUCCAGAAACAAAAGCUUUUUUUGAUACAUCUGAUAAAGAGCCAUUUUGCAUGCAUCACUACUUUGUCGAUAUCAUCACCUGGAACGAAAACAUGAGGAAGGGCUCCAUUACAGUUAAGUUGAUAGAUCAAGCUGGAAAUUCCACAGAAUCCAAAAUCGACCAUGAGCCUACCAAAUUUCAGAAGUACCAUCAAGUCAGUCUUCUUGCUAGAUUCGAUCAAGAACUUGAAAAAGUGGCCAAGAUUUCCUUAGAAUUCUCAACCGGAACACUAAUAGGCUCCAACUGCAAAUUAAAGAUCCUCCGAAUGAGGUUAAGAUCAAUCGCACAACCCGAAAAGCCGCACCUUUGCAGGUAUGAUCUCGUCUUGACGGAAAAUACAGAAACUGAUUUCCAACCUAUUCCGUGUCCCCGCUAUGGAGAUGUAGCAUCGGGAAAACUUUAGUCACCCGCUGCCCUGAGGAAAAAACCUCACUGCCCUCGUUCAGGAGAAAUACUGAAGACUCGUCUCCUCCGGAAUAUCUUCUUCUCGAUGUCAGACGGCAAGAUGGUUCCUUACGUUCCGACAACUCAGGGCUCUAAUUCCGAAACCUCGGCGGUAAACGAUCCUGAGAAGCAGGUGUGGCUCGGUGGAAAGAGCCCGGGCUUGGGAGUCAGACGUCGCGGGUUCGCAU